CUCACUGUUUCUAGAAAUCACGACGGUAUUUGAUUUGUACAAGGAAAUACAUUUUGUGCCAUCAUGUUACUAAAUAUGAAAGUGGUAGUCCUACUCACAUUUGGGAUGUUGUUUUUUAAAGAAUCAUCAUGUCUUCAACAACCACAAUUGUCAGAUUUAAUGCGCAGUAUGGACGAGUUGUCGGACCACUUGGAUGCACUUCCACUUGGAAAUCGGAGAAUGUUAUUUGGCAACUUGAUCAAAAAUAUAAAAGACAAAAUUAAAGAAAUAUUUUCAAAAAUUUUGGGUCUCUCUCCUCCAUCUAGUGGGUCUUCUGGCAGUGGCUCAAAUAGUAAUUCACAAGGCAGUCGAGGACAAUCUGUGAUGGGAAGAAGACAAUACAAACCGGAACCGAAUCCCGAUGAUGACUUUGACCCUAAUGACAUUGAUGUCGAUAUGGAACGGUAAAAACGGCAUAUCCCCCAAAUCACUCCUGGGCGGUGGAAAGUAAAGUCAGUCACGGCUAUUUGAAACUCACGCAAAAUUUGUUUUACUAAUGAAUAAAAUUCUACAUAAAUAAUUGUUAAUCAGAUU